ACUGCAGACAGCCGUCUUUGUAGAGAGACCAUAGAGAAGAGCACACCCCGCUCCCCCAAUGACCGGACUGCACUGAUCCUGCCUUACUACAAGGCUCCCCAAUCCCCCACCCCAACCAGUGCAAUACUCUGUAUGAGAUCCUCGAGGUCCAUUCACCGUCACAUCUCUUUUUUUUAUACAUCCUUCCAAUCAUGGUGCUGGGAAAGGUGAAGAGUCUGACCAUAAGCUACGACUGUCUGAACGGCAGCCAUGUCCCCGUCUAUUCCAGCGGGGACACCGUCUCAGGGAAGGUGAAUCUGGAGGUGACCGGGGAAAUCCGGGUGAAGUCUCUGAAGAUCUAUGCCCGGGGACACGCCAAAGUCCGGUGGACGGAGUCCAGGAAUGCGGGAUCUAAUACUGCCUACACCCAGAACUACACCGAGGAGGUGGAAUACUUCAACCACAAAGACAUCCUCAUCGGACACGAGAGAGAUGAUGAUAACUCAGAAGAAGGACUGACCACUAUUACUUCAGGACGCCAUGAAUAUGCAUUUAGUUUCGAGCUUCCACAGACACCACUUGCUACCUCAUUUGAAGGGAGACACGGUAGUGUACGGUAUUGGGUGAAAGCAGAAUUGCACAGAGCCUGGCUGCUACCAGUAAAAUUAAAGAAGGAAUUCACCGUGUUUGAGCAUAUAGAUAUCAACACUCCUUCAUUAUUGUCACCACAAGCAGGCACAAAAGAGAAAACGUUGUGUUGUUGGUUUUGUACCUCAGGUCCAAUAUCCUUAAGUGCCAAAAUUGAAAGGAAGGGCUAUACACCAGGUGAAUCAAUUCAAAUCUUCGCAGAGAUUGAGAAUUGUUCUUCCCGGAUGGUUGUACCUAAGGCAGCCAUAUAUCAGACACAGACUUUCUAUGCCAAAGGGAAAAUGAAAGAGGUGAAACAACUUGUUGCCAAUUUACGAGGAGAGUCCCUAUCUUCUGGAAAAACGGAGACCUGGAAUGGCAAGCAGCUUAAAAUCCCUCCCGUCUCCCCUUCCAUCAUCGACUGCAGCAUAAUCCGUGUGGAAUAUUCUCUCAUGGUAUAUGUGGAUAUUCCAGGCGCAAUGGACUUAUUCCUUAAUUUACCGCUAGUCAUUGGAACAAUUCCCUUGCAUCCAUUUGGCAGCCGGACAUCAAGUGUUAGCAGUCAGUACAGCAUGAACAAUUGGCUGGGCUUUGUCCUACCUGAACGACCUGAAGCACCCCCUAGCUAUGCUGAAAUUGUCACAGAAGAGCAGAGACAAAAUCUUUUAUCAUCAAAUAUUUGUGAUAAUUUUGAGUUGGCACUUCAAGGACCACUUUUUGCAUAUAUCCAAGAAUUUCGUUACUUGCCUCCUCCUCUCUACUCAGAGGUUGAUCCAAACCCAGAUCAGCCCAUUGAAGACCAUCCUUCCUGUCCAUCUCGCUGAAGGGAUUUGAUAUAUAUUCAGCUGAUGAGAGACUAACUGAACUGCCAACAGUGAGAUUUGGCAGCCAUUAUGGAGACGCACUUAUCCAGAAACGCAGUCUGAGUCUCGCCAUGGAAGUUGCAGACUGAAUCAACCUGUGGUCAUGAUUUUGGCGCUUGCAGCUUUGUAACACGUUUUGUGCUCCAUACUUAACGGAAGUUGGACUGCCUUGCUGUCGGCACAACGAAGAUGCUGCGCUCCUACAGCACGCAGUCAAGCAAGCUCAGCACGCAGUGAAAGAGGUUCAGGAUUCCUCUGUCACUCUGAAAAUUUGCACACCUUCAGUGUGUAUGUAGAGCAGCUUGGAAUCACUACAGCUUUCCUUUUCCUUCUCUGCUUGGUUGUGUUGUUCACACCAUGAAGCACAUGAAAGCUUUGAGAGACUAUACAAUGACAAAUGCACUAUUUUUUUUUUAUAUAUUUUUUUUUGUUUUGUUGUUGUUUGUGUUGGUUUAUUUUCUUCUUCUUUUUUUUUUUUUUUUUUUUUUUUUUUGGUUGUAGCCUGGGCUCUACCUGCAUAUUGACAUGCUUAGUACUGUCCUGUAUGGCUGCAUGUGCAUCACCGUCAGCUUGCAUACAGCAAUGGAUCUUCUUUACACACAUUUAAUGCCUUCACGCCAAUCCUUGUUGCUGUUAUGUUUUGCGGGCCUACUGUUCUAGAAUAGCAACGAUUCCAGUGGGUUAGAGAAAGAAGGAGAAAGGGUGCAAGUACACAAGACUGUCAUCAAGAUUGUACACCUUUUUAGUUUCUUUCAAAGACAUGUUGCCUUUAUACUGUCACCCCAAGCAGGAUUUUUGUUACAGACUUCCUACAAAUCACUUAAUCUCAGGAGAUAUCAUCACUUGCCAAACUUUGGAAUGCUAUUUGUGUCUUUUUUAUGUUGCACCGUACCACGUAGGGAGUUUAUGGAGUGGUGUUAGCUGAUAACAGGCACAGAAAAAAGCGAAAUGUCUUUCUGUCUAGUCCUUCAUUUUCCUUCUUUCUAAUAGUCCCCUCAACUGGUUUAAAUGCAAUUUGACGCACAAGAAAACAGUAGUUCUGCACAAGCACUCAACAUGUCAAUAGUACAUUGGCGUUUUAGUGGAAGGAAAUGGGCACCUGGGCUUGUAAUUCCUUUUUUUUAUGCAAUUUAGUGAGCAGUGUUAAUAGACUUUGUGCUGUAAGAUACAACGAAGAGCCAACUCGUGAGCACUCACUAAGAGAAUCUGAAAUCCAGGCAGAUGAGUAACCAGUGCUGAUGUACGACAUUUUGUUUUUACUUUGCAUCACUUUAAGUUCUAACAGGAAGCUCACAUCGGCUCAUUAACACAACUCUCAAGUUGUACUUGAGAGAUCGAAUAUGGAAAAGUUAAAGUACAGCCUAGUUUGUACCAAUGCCUAUAGGCUAGCGAGUGAGGAAAUGAACCAUGUAUUGUGGUAAAGUAACAUCAGUUUAUUGAUCCAUGCUUUUUGCAAGUGUCCUUUUUUGAAAACUAAUUAAUUUAGUAAGUAUUUCCUUUUUUAAUUAUAAAAAAAUUACUUCCAAAGUGAAGUCAACUUUUAUUAGUCACGUUUUAAGUGAUUCAUCUGACGUUUGGUUUUCUCUAUCUGACAUACCGAUUUUAAAAGGAAGUGACAGUAGUUUUGACAAAUCCCCACCACCACACACCCUUGUUUUAUUUUAUCCUCUGCUGAUCAGUUUUGCAUUAAAGCAUUAUACGUUUGUUUUUUGUUUUCUUUCCUGUAUUCAUUUGAUCAAAACUAUUGUUCCAUAUAUAUUUUUCCAUGAUUUUGAAAAGUGGGAACAAUCCCUAAUUGCCUGCAGAUCAGUAGGCAAAGGUUAUGUCUAUAUAGGGUAGACCAAUAUUAUAGCCACUGCAAAUGUAUGUGAGAUUUAGCAUUGUUGAGGCCACUGGCACUGUAUCGCAUGAAAUGUGGUAAAUCAAAAAAAGCUUCAAACUUCUGCAAAGUUUUGUGGAAAUAUUUAUUUACUCUGUUGUUUAGAGACAUUAUUUUUUUUUUUUUUUUGUACUGGUCAGUUUUCAUGUGUAGUCCAGUAUUCAAGAUGGUUUCCUAACUAGGAGCAAAACAAAUUUAAAUCCAGAUUUCUAGAAAAGAAAAAAAACAAAGUGCAAUAUUUCAUGUAUGCUUAUAGAUACUAAUCUAUGGCUAUUUUUUGUUUUACUUGUUUUUGUUUUGGUGCUGAAAAAUGUUAUUGUAGGCUCCAGUUCAAAGCAUACUUUAUGUGGAAAAUGUUAAAUUUUCCUAAUGUUCUUCCUUGUUUUAAAAGAAAUAAAAACAUGUUCAUUUUUUU